AUGGAAGAGGUCAAGCUAUGGUGCCUCAACAACUUCCUAACGAGGAGUGAAGAGAAAUCAUUGGAGGAUUAUGUUAAAGCUCUAAGAGAUUGGGAAGAUGAAAUUCGACGUUGUUAUUCAAAGACCAUACCGAUGGAGAGCGAUGAUUUUGUAAGCAUGAUUCUAACUGAUGGUUGCUUCAUCAUUGAGUACCUUCUCUCUUGUCUAGGUAUGUUAGAAAUAAACCCUUGGCGUUUCAAAUUAUGGCCUACAUGUGACAUAAAUCUAGACUUGAUUCUACUUGAGAAUCAAUUGCCAUUUUUUGUUCUUAAAGGCCUAUUCGACAUAACUUUUCCCACUGGCUUCAAUGGUAGAUUUUCCUUCAUUGAGAUAACCUUCAACUUUUUUAGGAGAGUGUUCCUACACCAUAUUUUCCCAAAAAAGGAAGUUCGUGGGAAGUUUACUUUUAACUAUUUCCAACAACACUACCUUGAACAACCGAUUAAUACUCAAUUUGAAUCACCUACAUUCACAAAAGUGAUCCAUCACCUGAAUGACAUGCUAAGGAUCUUUUACUUACCAGAUAAGUUACCAAGAAGAGAAUUUGGCAAGCUGAAGCCUGUAUAUAGUGCAAGCCAACUACGUGAGGCAGGAAUUAAAUUUCAGGUCAAUGAACAAGAGAAAAGCAUACCAGCAAUAAAAUACUCAGAGGGAGUGCUGAAAAUACCAUAUUUUCAAGUAAGUGAUUGGACUGAGAUUGUGAUCAGAAACAUGGUUGCAUUUGAGCAGUGUCACCUUGCUCCUGAGAGUUAUGUGACAGAUUAUGUAACCCUCAUGAACUAUCUCAUUGACACUGGAAAAGAUGUUGAGCUGCUUGUUGAGAAGGGAAUCAUGGACAACUUGUUGGGUAGCAAUGAUGAAGUGGCUUUCUUGGUCAACACACUUGACAAAAAUACUGUGUUCAUGACCUGCAAUAGUGAGUAUCUGUCUCUAUGUGAAGAACUGAACAAGUUUUAUGAGAAUCGUUAUCACAAGUAUAAAGCAAUCUUUAAGCAUGAGUACUUGAGCACCCCUUGGAGAAUGGCAUCUUUCAGUGCUGCAAUUUUGCUCCUUAUGCUCACUCUAAUUCAAACAAUAUUCUCUCUGCCCUUAUUUCACUAG